AUGGCCGUACGAAGAGGUCACUCUCUGCGAGAUCUGGAAGAUACGCACUGCAACUGUGACCUCGCUUGGCGAAGAGAUCGCGUCGUUGCCAAUGGAGACAGCGCCAACAAGAUUGGGACCUAUUCGCUGGCAGUGCUAUCCAGACACCAUGGUGUGCCUUUUUACGUGGCUGCGCCACUGACCACCUUAGACGUCAACUUGAAGCACGGCUCGGAGAUCCCCAUCGAGGAGCGGCCCGAUGAAGAGCUUUGCUCAUUGAAAGUGGAGGGUGUCAGCCACCGAGUGGCUGCCCCUGGGAUUGGUGUUUGGAACCCAGCCUUUGAUGUGACGCCAGCAUCGUUGAUUUCCGGCAUUGUCACUGAUUGCGGCCUCAUUCCAAAGCGCAGCCAGGAUUUUGACGUGGCUGCCUUUGUGCCGGAGAAGAAGCGAAAAGUGAACGGCCAAUGA